AUGUCUCAAUGUGGUUCAAUACAUAACCACGAUAUUCUUAUACAGGGGACAUUACCACACGGUAUGUCUCAAUGUGGUUCAAUACAUAACCACGAUAUUCUUAUACAGGGGACAUUACCACACGGUGUAUCUCGAUGUGGUUCAAUACAUAACCACGACAUUCUUAUACAGGGGACAGUACCACACGGUGUGUCUCGAUGUGGUUCAAUACAUAACCACAAUAUUCUUAUACAGGGUAGAUUACCACACGGUGUGUCUCGAUGUUGUUCAAUGCAUAACCACGACAUUCUUAUACAGGGGACAUUACCACACGGUAUAUCUCGAUGUGGUUCAAUACAUAACCACGAUAUUCUUACACAGGGGACAUUACCACACUGUAUGUCUCAAUGUGGUUCAAUACAUAACCACGAUAUUCUUACACAGGGGACAUUACCACACUGUAUGUCACAAUGUGGUUCAAUACAUAACCACGAUAUUCUUACACAGGGGACAUUACCACACUGUAUGUCUCAAUGUGGUUCAAUACAUAACCACGAUAUUCUUACACAGGGGACAUUACCACACUGUAUGUCUCAAUGUGGUUCAAUACAUAACCACGACAUUCUUAUACAGGGGACAUUACCACACUGUAUGUCACGAACGACUCAAGCCGAGAGUGCAUCAGUUGCACUGUACAAGAACACUUGGUGCUCAAUUAAAAAGGUUGCUCAACUCCAACCUUCUUCCGCCACUUAA